CAAUUAUAAUCAUUCAUCUCAAAAUAAAUCAAUUUCAUUUUAAAUUUUUUUUGUUAAAAUCCAGGGUGAUAUUUUGAACUGAGUAAAACUGUGUCUAGUGUUUGACUGUAACAAUUAAUGAGUUCUGAUGACUCACAAAAGAAAAAGGGAGCGUCCGUUCCAGGACGAAGCCGAAUUUAUGCCUCUGUCCAAACGUAUCAAUAACUUGCACAUAAACAACGGUAUGGCAAUGGAUGUGUCUCCUUUAACACCAAUCGAGUGGGGUCCAGGUCCGCCUCAUCAGCUUCCAGAAUCACCGCCCAACUCGGAACCGGGUGUAGAUUGGACGCAUUCCACGCAAUAUUCUCCGGAUCUUGAUGAAAAUCAGAACCCUCACUACUUCAAUAUUAACAAACUGCUGUUCGAGAUGUACAUUGAGAGACUGCAAAGGGGCUGUCAUCAAGUGUAGAGUGCGCAUACAGAUAUUUAUUAUUGAAUUUCGAUUAGCACGAUGUUGGAGUGAAAGAAUGAAGUAUUUUUAGGUUGUAUUUAUUAUGUAUUAUAAAUUUUCUUUCUUU